AUGCAGGAAAAAACGCAGCAUCUGCUUGACGGCGUUGUGGGACUCACGUGUGUCGAUCCUUCUUUGGAUCUUUCCGUCUGCGCCGCACCUUUUGUAGUCUCCAUUAUCGCCCAGCAGUGUUUGUAUCUGUGCCACGCGGCCUCGUCGUGUCAGGCCCUCUUGAAUGAGGGUGGUUCCUCUUUUUGGCAUAUUAUGCGGCUUGUGACAGAGGCUCGUGCCCGCUAUGCAGCAUUGCGUGCCCCACCUUCUCCACGGCCUCUUUUUCGUAGGAGAGCUGCAUCUCGUAGCAGAGGGCAUACACCGUCUUUUGUUGCUUUCCGCUCGAAUAGUCCUAGCGCUAGUAGCCGCAGGGGUUGUAUUAGUAGUGGCCGUUGUGGAAGCAACACCAAAACUGACAAUACCAGCAGCAACCACCGUACCAACAAUUACGACACGCCAUGCUCUUCAGCCGGUCUUGGGACAUUCUUUCACGAACAAUUGAUGCUUUCACCACUCGAAUUUCGCGUUGUUGUGGUUGGUGGUGGCAGAGUUGGGCGGGCUGUUGUGGAGCGUUUACUGCAGGCGUCGUAUCUUAUUCACCCGUCUCGAAUCACCAUCAUCACACGGCAGACCGAGACCGUCGCGCAAUUUGCGGGUCGUGGAGUGCAGUGUACUGAGCGUCGCGAUGGACGCCAGGCUCUGCUGGAAUGCCAUGUUUUGAUUGUGGCGUGUCAGCAGACACAAUUUAAUGACUUUGCAACCACGUACUGUCCGCGCCACACCCAAAACACAGCGGGGUCUACGGCAAAGGCGGGGAACAAUUCCGAGAAGCAAGAAGACAUUUCUUGUGAGAAGAAGCGAUUAUGCCGAUCCAAGAAACGGACACUGCGAGACGUUGUGGACAAAUGGCGCACCAUAGAGGAUGACGAUUACGCAAACGGCGCACCAGGAGCCGCAAUGACGAGAUUAUUGAAACCAGGAACAUUUGUUUUCUCCUGCUGUGCCGCGCUAGAAACACACAAAAUUGCAAAGGAGUUGGGACAUCUCGACCCGCUCGUCGUGAAUGCGGAUAUUGACAUGGACACCAUACAAUCUGCCGCGCGACAGUUCCAGAGCGGCAAGGACAAUUUUCGCUCAGCCUUUGUUCAACGCGUUGCGGUGGAGGGAAAUUCCUUUCUUAACGCACUAAACGUGCUGCAGCAGACGUACCUGGACGGUGAGACACCACCGGCCGAUUUAAUCAACCGAAACAUAUUUCACGAUUCUUAUUUUUCAAGGUUGCGCAUGCGUAAACGCCGACCGUUGUCGCCGCCGCCGCCACCCAGCGUAGGUACAGCGUUGCGAGCCGAAGGUGUCAGUGGUAGCACCUCCUUUCUUUUACGUGUCUGGCGUGCUUUGCGAUGCUUCGUGGUAGUGCAGAUGUCGUUACUUAAGGCAUCAGAGCAUCGCCCAUUCACGUACUUGCAGCAAGUAGGACCUUUGCUCGGUCCGAUUCUUGUUGCGCUUCCAUUCUUCAGCCAAAAUCGCAUUGUGAAUUUUUUGGGAGAUCUGCUGAAUAAAAAAAAGGGUGACGACGACGAGGAGGAAGGUGCUCUGGAGGGACGGCCGUUGUUUAAGCUGAAUCACCGUGUUGUCGCAGCUUGUGACAGUGACAGUGACAGUGACGAGUGCCACGACGUGCCACCCGCGGAAAAAGAGUUGGCACGCCUUAUCAAAAAUUUUCCUCUGAUUUUUGAGAAUGAGGAGGUGGUGUUGCAGCAGCUGCGUGAGCAGUACAUUGCUGUGACCGAACGGUGA